AAAGCCCCGUCGAAGAAGAACGAAGCUCCCACAUUUACGCUGAACGACGAACGCCCUUUCCUCCGGCAGCCGACGCGAAAGCCAUCUCCACAGCUCGUCACUGCCUCCGAUCUGCCCGCCACAGCCACCAUUACCGUCACUGCCUCCGCCCACCACACCCAGCGUCACUGUCUCCGCCCACCACAGCCACCGUCACUGCCUCCAUCACAGCGGGGUUACCAAGUCUCCCAGUCAAGGAGCUUGAUGCCGAUCAUUUUCAUCAUCAGAAAUGACUAAGUUGGAAAAACAUCCAACCCUGUGCUUUGCAGUCGGUUGAGUCUCUCAGGAUCCCGUUAACUUCGACUUGCUAUUUUGACUGGAAACUGAGGACUUGAUCACCAAGCCAAGAUAUCUUGUUACAUUUACAAUUGGCUAUGGAAAAAAAAUAUUGAUGCUGCAGUGAAGAAGGUAUAUAUAAAUAAUCAUGACCGAUCAAUCUACUUUAAAUACUGAACGUAAAAAAAGAGGGCCUACAACAUGCAACAAAUUGAAAAAAAAGAAGCCUGAAGAACUUUCAGUUCAGAUUGAUGAGUCUGGUAGGAUAGGCGGGGAAAAUGGCUCGAACUUUGUUUCAUACAUUGGGAGUUUGGUUCGUACUCGUGUUGAUAUCAAUAUCAAAACUUGGCGUCAAGUAGAACAAAGGCUUAAAGAUAUCAUUUGGGAAGAUGUUAAGGGGCGGUUUGGUAUUCAAGAUGAGUCAAAGAAGUCAGUGGUUUUGAAAAUUGCAUCGGGGAGAUGGAAAGACUUUAAGAGUAGAUUGUUACGUGAUUAUGUUCACAAGAAGCACAAAAAGUAUACUUCUCCUACACAACUUUAUUCGUUCUUGAGUGAUGAACAAUGGGCGAGGUUUGUAGCAAAUCGGCAAAGUAAAGAGUUUAAGGAAAAAAGUCAAAAGGCAAGGGAAAUGCAGGCGUUAAAUGAGCAUCCACACUUCUUAGGUUCUAGUGGAUAUGUGAGGAAACGACAAGAGUGGAUGAAAUCAGACCCUCUAUCUUCACAGUCUUCGUGUGAGUUAGUUAGCUCAUCUUUGAUGUCUAAUGAUCGUAGCUUUGAUUGGAUACGAGCAAGAACAAAAAAAGCAGAUGAUGGAAGUUACUUUAUUCCAAAUGAAAAAACACAAGAAGUGCUUCAUAAAAUUGUAGAAAAAUGUGAAGAAAUUAAUCAAGGGACAUUUGAGCCAAAAUGACAACAUGACAUAUUGUCAGUAGUUCUUGGAAAGGAUGAUCAUCCAGGUUCUGCAAGAGGAGUUGGAAGUUACUCUACCAUCCAAGGAGUGUUUGGUAGACCAGAUCGGAAACAAAGCACAUCGCGUGGGGUUUAUACAGAAGAAGCUGUCAAACAAAUGUUAGAGAAAUGUAGGCAAGAUAUAAUGACAGAGGUGGAAGCACAGAUGAAACCCAGGAUUGAUACCAUGGACCAGCAACUCAAGUUUCUGAUGAACAACAUGGUGGGGACACAUCUAUUUUCACAAGGGGUCUUGGCUGGAACUCCUCAAAGUGAUUCACCGCUUUGUGAUCAACCGCAUACUCGUAGCAGUUGUCAUUUAGUUGACACAUAUCCAGUUGCAACAAUUAAGACUCCCACAAGGUGUUCACUAGCAGUUUGUCUCGAUGGCAAAUCAAUUGUUGUUGCAAAGGGUAUGGCUCACCCAACUACAGAUGAGACUUUGGUGAAUCGUCAACCAUUGUUUCAUAACUGUGUCAGAGUUUGGGUGGAUGACGUGAUUGAAGGUCGAGAGCAAUUUAAUCUCCCUAUGCCAUAUCAGCAGUAUGUCACUAUAGUAGAUGUCAUUGGUAACUUUGUACAGUGGCCUAUGCAUUUAGUGACUUUAGAUGAGAGUUUGCCAAAACAAAAUAAGAAACUAACAGACCAAAGUGGUGAUCUAUCCGCUACUGGUACACAACCUCCCCUUGUUGAUGAUGAUGUCUUACAACACUUGGGGGACAAUUGCAAGUAUUUAGUCAAUGCAUUGAAAAGCUUUCCAUCUGAUAAAGAUUAUAUUGAGUUGGGAUUGAAUGAAGAAAUCUUUCAUCAUAGAAACACAAGUUCUAUUUUUGUGAUGAUGAAAGAUAUAAAGGAUUUGAUGCUGAUGAAUUGGCUAGACGUCUCAAUCAUACAAGUGUUUAUAUUAUUUCUUAAUCGGUUGUGCAAUAAGUUUAAAGUUAGGUCAAUCGGGUAUGUUUGUCCGACUCAGAUUUGCAACAGUAUGCUUAAACGGAAUGCCACCAAUGUUAUAUCAUAUUUCAUCCACGUCAUGGAGCAGAACAAAGAUAAACAAUUUAUUUUAGCACCAUAUCAUCAAGAAUCACAUUGGUUACUUUUGGUGAUUUGCAUGCGCUCAAAAAGCGUAUGUUUCUUGGAUCCCUUGCCUUCUGAUCGCGACAUUGGUGAAAUUAAAGCUUCUAUUAAUUUGGCAUUUCGCUCUGUUCCUACGAAUGGACGAAUUAAGAACAUCGAUUGGAAGCCAUGCAAAUGCCCGAUACAACCUGGAGAUUAUGAGUGUGGAUAUUAUGUCAUGCGAUACAUGUUUGAUAUCGUGACAAAAUAUUCAUCUAUUGAUGAUUUGGAUAAGGCAUUUGAAAGCGAUAGUCCGUACUCCAUCAAUGACAUAAAUGAGAUUCGGGAGCAAUGGGCAAAAUACUUCUUUUCGGAGUGCGUGUAACUUUUGUUUUAUUGAUAAAUAGUUUUGUUUUGAUGAUAGUAUUGUUUUGUGCAUGUUUUGAUGAUAUUAUUAUAUUAAAGUGUAAUCGAGGAUAUAAAGUAGUAUUGUGUUUUGAUGAUAGUAUUGUGUUCAA